UUUUUUUGUGGUGAAAAAUUUGUGCAGAAAAUGCAGGCGCACUUGCAGAAAUUGAAGGAGCUUAACAAAAACGUUAGGAAGGAGAUAAGGCAAAGGAUGGGGGAGAGCUUGAACGAUCUAGGCUACGAACAAAUGGUUAAUCUCAUUGAAGACAUUGAUAGCUCUCUCAGGAUCAUACGAGAAAAAAAGUAUAAGACCAUCGGCAACCAGAUUGAGACCAGCAAGAAAAAGGUGAGGAAUGUAGAAGACAUACACAGAAAGCUUAUACUUGAAUUUGAUGCAAGACAAGAGGACCCACACUAUGGAUUAGUUGAAAACGAAGGUGAUUAUAACUCGAUUAUUGGAUUUCCGAAUGGAGGACCUCGUAUAAUUGCUUUACGCCUUCCUCAUAAUCACCACAACCAGCACCACCACCAACACCACCUUGGCAUGCAUGGUGGUGGAGUCGGCUCGGACCUCACCACAUUCCCCUUGCUCGAUUAGAAUUGUAUGUGACAAGAAUAUCCAUAAUAUCUCAUAGUGUUGAAUUCUCUCUUGGUGUGUGAAAUUUGAAGUAGUAAUUAGGUAAGCUAUUGGUGGUGUCUUAAGAAGGACAUAUGUGACAAUGAAAAGAAAAACAUGCUUUGUGUUUUGUUGUAUGUAUUGUAUGACUAUGUGUAAUUUGUUUUCAUCUCUUGUCUUGGACAUUAUAUAAGGAGAACCCGACAUUUU